AUGCCACCGAAGACAGGAGGAGGUCGCAAGGUAAUCGCCGCAUCGCGAGCAAAGGCGGACGGUGCCGGAAAAGAAAGCGCAGCUGCAAAAGGGUCCCCUUCGACUCGAGGACGCAAGUCCGCUGGAGGUGCCAGAGCGGGGAAGCGACCGGCUGGUGCAUCGAGGAAAUCAGAUGUCCAACCUGGCGAUCCUACCCCUCAGGGCCGCCAUCGCCGUUACAGACCGGGCACUGUUGCCCUCAAAGAAAUCCGCAAAUACCAACGUUCUUAUGACCUCCUUAUACGAAAGCUCCCAUUCGCAAGACUUGUGCGCGAAGUUGCAUUGGAUCUACUCCCCGCAGAUGUAGGAUCCGAAUUGCGCUGGCAGUCGCAAGCCAUCAUGGCGCUGCAGGAGGCCGCGGAAGCCUUUCUUGUUCAUCUAUUCGAGGACACGAACCUGUGUGCUCUACACGCGAAGCGAGUGACUAUCAUGCAGAAAGAUAUCCAGCUUGCUCGGAGAAUCCGUGGCGCUUGGGGUGGAUUAGGCUGA